AUGAACAAACAACUUGAAAGUGCCGUCUCAGAUAUCAAGCUGUGCGCAGAAACUACAAAACAGUUAGAAAUUGAGAACGUCGUAUUAAAGGGUAAGGUUCACGAUCUCGAGGCAAGACUGGCCCAGGUUGAACAAGACGCUCGUCAAAACAACCUUGAAAUACAUUGCUUGCCGGAGCACAAACAAGAGAACCUUAUUAAUACUGUCUUUCAGCUAGCUAGAGUUGUUUCGUCACCAUUGACUGAUGGUGACAUACUUUCCUGCAACAGAGUCCAAAAAUUUAACCCUAAUUCAAAGACACCGAGGACAGUCAUAUGCAGAAUACCGAGCAAAUUAAAGAGAGAUAAUUUACUAGCUGCAGUUUUAUCUUACAACAAGGCGAACCCAAAACAAAAGCUUAACACCAAACUUUUAGGGUUCGGUGAUGCAGAGUCUCCAGUUUAUGUAAGUGAGCAUCUUUCACCAACCAAUAAAAGCCUUCAUGCAGCGGCUAGAAUAAGAGCUAAGGAGAAGCUGUAUAAAUUUGUUUGGGUGCGCAAUGGAAAAAUUUUCGUUAGAAAGAAUGAAUCAGCACCAGCGCUGGUCAUUACCCGCAUGGAUGCUCUUAAGAAGCUUGUAAACUAG